AUGGCCAGGAUGAAGGUUCCUCCAUGGCUCUUCUUCUUCCUCAUGCUUCUUACCCCCCAGGAAGGAGAAGGACAAUCUGGAGAGCAGGAGGAGCCUGAUCCGAAGGAGCUCAUGUUGGUCUUGGGGGAGUCAGCCAGCCUCCCUGUGAAUAUCCCAGAAGGUGAAGAAAUUGAGAGAAUUGUUUGGAGUUUUCAUUCGACUCUUGCCGUGAUUCAACGAGAAGCCAUGGAUGAGCCUUCCAUCAACAUAGUAGCUGACCCUCGGUUCAAUGUCACUGUGAAUAUCUCUGACCAUACCUACUCCCUGCAGAUCAGCAACCUGAGCAAGGAGGAUGAGGGAACCUAUCGAGCAGAGAUGGACUUUCAAGGUGAUCUUGGCACCAUCACUCAGAAGUUCAUUCUACAUAUCUACCGACGACUUCCAAAGCCCAAAGUCACUGUGAUCUUGGACAUCUCUGAGGAGUCCGUGUGUAAUGUUACCUUAAAAUGUCAUGUAGAUGGGGAAGGAGAUGACGAGGAGUUCAGCUGGACAUCCCUGGAACCAGGAGCUAUUGUGUCUGAUGGGGGUUCUGUCCUCCACCUCUCCUGGAGGCCUGGAGACAAUGACUUGACUUCAACCUGUAGAGUCAGAAACCCUGUCAGCUUCAGUUCCUACUCCCUGCCAGUCGAGCAUUUCUGUACAGGACCCAAAGUUUCAUCUUCAACAUCAUGUUCCUCCCUGGUGAAGGGACUUUUUAUUCUGGUUCUCUUUGGGUUCUUAAUUGUUGGGAUUAUUGUAACUAGAAAUCUAAUAAAAAAUAAAAAGCCAGCCACAAGAAGAAUUCACAGGGGGAUGAAGCUGAGGAAGGGAGUGAAACGAGAAAACCUCCAAGAAAAGGAGUUUCCAUAACCAUGAGACAUCCUUGGAUGAUGGUCAAGCUCAGGGUCUAGGCCAUGGAUGGGGAGGCCCACUCCACCCCAUCCUUUGCUAUGCAUUUCCUCUUCAGGAACCUCCCUGCAAAUACUUUCUCUGGUACUUUUCUCCCCCUCAUAGAAUUAAGGAGAGCCAUCAGGCCAGAACUCCAAAGACUUUUGCUCUCUUAGGAAAGAGGUCAAGCAAUAAAGUCAAAUUGAAUAAAAAUCACGUCAGAAUUGUUCUCUUUUCCUCCUUCUAUUUUUAAAAAUUCUUUGUUGUAAAGAUGGCACUCUGCC